AUGGUCCUCUGUGCCGAAAGUAUCGAGGCAUGUGGUGAGCCCCCUAAAAUCCCCCAUGCAGUCAUCAUCCAUCAGGAAUACCAGGAGUUGUUUGCUGCAGAUUCAGUAGUGCAGUAUGAAUGUGAAGAUGGAUAUACUGUAGAGGAAGGAGGAACCAAGGAAUACAUCACUUGCAUGUCUGGAAACUGGACUGAAGGCCCAACGUGCAUCAAGAACUGUGGACAGCCGCCCGUAGUUCCUAAUGGUGAUGUUGUGGUAGAUAAUCCAAUGUUUUUGAGGUACCAAUGUGCUGCUUUGUACAAACGAGUGGGUCCAGAGAGGGUGAAGUGUUACAGCAACGGCAUGUGGUCAGAUGUACCCAUCUGCAAAGCCACCUUCUGUUCUGUGGACACUGAUACACAUCCUGAAUUAAUAUCUGAUGGAGUUAAAAUUAUAAAUGACGGUGGGACCAAGAGAUUGCCAUGUGUUCGCCAGGAAGAGUGGUGGACAGAUCAUUCUUCUGUGGUCCGCUGCACUAAUGGAAGAAUGAGCCGUUCCACAUGUUGCAGCAAUCUGACCCCAAAGUGGAAUUGUUAGGGCUGUAUCACCAAGAAGAUCUGCUGCCUUCGGAUCUGCUCAACGACUGAGAACAGCCUGGAAACAUUUCAGAGACAACAGAGAUAUGAUUAUACUGUCACACACUGUUUUGGGUUUUCACAUUUCUGUCUUUUCAUGCUGAUUUGUGACUGCCCACAUCAUGUACGAGCAAAUCUGUCUGUGUGCUUAAAGCUGCAAAAAUAACUCAACAAAUACAGUGUGUAUAUUUGAUGGACAGGCCUUAAUAAAGUCUUUAACUGGAAUUUUAACAGA